AUGGCGACCGCUGCCCCGCUUGUCAAGCAUGCAGCCUCGCUGCUUCGCCCUGGCCACUCAAACUGUGUGGCCUUUCCUGACAUUCACCAACCGGGACUGUCUUUCAGCCUUGUGCCGAGGGCCGCGACUCAGUGGCACGACGAGGACUGGUUCAUGGGCGGGCUGAACUACCACCUUGCUGUCACUUUUGAUGAUGGGGUUUGCUGGCUCGCUCGAAUUCGCCAGAAGAAUGGCAACCCGCGCAAGCUCCAGUCCCUCGUCUCAGAGUUUGUCACCCUCAAAGCCUUGAACCGCGCCUGCCCCGAGUUUGUUCCCAAUGUCUGGAUGCCACAGGCGUCACCCUUGGGUCCCCCAUUCUUCUUCAUGGAGCACUUCAAGGGGUCCAACAGUCGCCACCUGUUCCCCCGAUCCGGUGCUCGCCCUGUCGAGUCCCAGACCAUCGUUUCCGACAUGGCCACCUUUCUCAUCCAGCUGAGCUCGCUGGAAAUCCGCGGCGACAUUGGAUCUCUUACUGCCAGCAGCGCGGUCGUCGACGCCGCAACCGACCUCGAGCCAGAGCCAGUUGUUGGGCCCUUUGAACAUUGGGACUAUUGCAUUUCGAACGGACUGACGACGUUGGGGCCGUUCCGCACCAGCCGUGAUGCGUGGGUGGCAAAGAUCGACGCCGUCGUGCUUGCACUCGAAAGGGGGCUGUUUGCGAUCAAUGGCGGGCACCUACUGCAUGUGUAUCUCGUCCAUCUGGAAAUGCGUGCUCUGGUCAACGCGUGCGAGGAGAUGGCUGUGCCGUGCGGUCCCGGCGACGGCGAGCAGCCGACGUUCAUCACACAUGCCGAUUCCAAAAACCACCUGCUUGUCACAGACGACGGCCAUCUGCGCGCAGUCAUUGAUUGGGAAGGUGCGUACACCGCUCCAUUUGCCGAGGCGUUCGCUGCUCCGAUGGGGUUUUACGAUCAGCGCGGCUUCGUUCGGGGCAGUAACGAGCUCUCCACCGAAGAAGUCCUCCUCGCCGACAUAUUCCAGUCUCGCGGACGCAAAGACAUGGCGCAGGCGGUACGCGGUGGGCGCAAGUACCACCGACUUGCGUUUCACCUCGGAACCCUUCAGCCGACUCUGGAGAUGGUCAACGCACUCUAUGACGCCUUUCUGGGUGAAGAAUCGGCAAGUUGUAUCAGGUUUGACUCGCUCUUCGAGUGGGAGGCCGCGGCGUUGCACAAGUUCUCACAUGUCCCGGGCCUUGAACAGUUGGCAAUUCCGCCGGGAGAGGGGGAUGUCGCCUACUUGCGCUUCGCAGAGGUCGAGCCAGACGCAAAUUGGUGCAAGGUCGUCACUGUGAAGGACGCCUCGUAG